AUGGCUGAAAUUACAGCACGCAAGCGCAAAGCUUCUACUGCUCCUACAGUCCCUGCGGACGAGGUUGCAAAAUUAAAGAAGGCGAAGAAGUCACCAAAAUCUACUGAAGCCGUCAAGCCCAAAGAAGCCGCCAAACCCAAGGAAGCUGCCAAACCUAAGAAGGCCGCAAAGGUUGUUGAGAAGGUUGUAGAGAAAAAGGUUGUUGAAGAACUUGAAGAACCAGUCGAGGAAUCCGAAGAAGAGGAAGAAGAGGAUGACCAAACUGAAGCUCUCCUGAAGGGUUUUGAAUCGGAUAAUGAUGAGGAAGAGAACGCCAAAGAAGGUGGACUCGAACCCGGUCAAGAAGUUCCAAACGCCCUCGAAAAACUUAGCAAGAAGCAAAAGAAGGCUAUCAAGAAGGCUGCUGAAGAAGCUGCCAACGAUCUUCCAGGUGUUGUAUAUAUUGGUCGCAUUCCUCACGGUUUCUACGAGGCGGAAAUGAGAGCUUACUUUUCUCAAUUCGGAGAUAUUCUUAAGAUUCGUCUGUCAAGAAAUAGAAGAACUGGUGCAAGCAAGCAUUAUGCAUGGAUUCAAUUCGCCAGUAGGGGUGUCGCAGAAAUUGUAGCCAAGACGAUGGAUAACUAUCUAUUGUUCAAUCACAUCUUGAAGGUCAAAUUAGUACCUGAUGAGCAACUCCCUGAAGAUUUGUUCAAGGGUGCCAACCGUCGUUUCAAGAAGGUUCCUUGGAACAAGAUUGAGGGCCGCAGAUUAGAGCAAGGUGCUGGAGAAGAGCAAUGGGAGAAGAGAAGAGAAAAGGCUGAGAAGAAGCGCGAGAUCGCCUCGGAGAAAUUGAAGCAAAUCGGUUACGAAUUCGAGGCACCAAAGAUAAAAUCCGCAAAGGGUGUUUCCAAGAAGCCAGUCAAGGAGAUUGAGAAUGGCGAAGAUGAAGUUGCCGGAGACGGAGAUGUUGUCAUGGCCAUUGAAGCUGCCCCUGCAGUUGAGGAGCCAGUCAAGGCCAAGAAGGUCAAGAAGACCAAGGUCGUCGAGGAGACUCCUACUGCCACGAUCACCACAGAGGAAACCACCAUCACAACCGAAGCUGCUCCAGUCGAGAAGCCAAAGAAGGGAAAGAAGGCCGCAAAGGCAAAGGCUGUCGAAGCUCCCGUCGAGCCCGUAGCCGAAGUCGAAGCCGAAGCACCAGUUGGAAGAAAGACAAGAUCUAAGAAGGCCGCCGUCAAGGUCGUCGAAACCCCUGCUGAAGUUGAGGUUGAAGCCGAGAUCGAAACCCCAGCAAAGAAGGUCACCAAGGCUAAGAAAGCCAAGAAGUCCAAGGCUUAA